AUGCUUAUGAAACGAAACAACGCAACCAGCAUCACAUUUGACGGAGUACCAACCCAGGUUGAGGCGACACUUCGACAGCAGAUUGCUAGUAGCAAGACAGGUUCGCCAAAUCCUGUCACAUCUCUGGAGAACGCCCGCGAAAAGGUCCAAGUCAUCGCAGAGCUUGUCAAGGCUGGAGAGGCUAGUGCGCGCGUGGCACUGCUUGCUAUGAGUCAGGAGUGGGUGGCCUCCCACCUGGACAGUAAGUCGAUCGUAAUAGAUCAUGAAUGUGAACAAGGCAUUGCGAGGGGCGUGGAAGCGAUUGAAGCGAGCUUUGAGGAGCUCAGUAAGGAGAUAGAGGGUUUGAAGAAGAAGGCGACCGGUGCUGGUAUCGUUGAUUCUGCUGUAUGA